AAUGCACCAGUAUUCGAUAUCAACGAUCCAUUCUAUAAAAAACAGUUAGAUCUUGGUUUGGCUGUAAAUGUAUACAAGAAUGGUGUUUGGGGUGGAUAUCGUCAUUUGAAAUUGUUAGAAACAAAAAUAAUAACUGACACAGCUUAUAUUAAUUGCGUAACUCGAGGAGAUUUAUCGAGCAUGUCCUGGAUAGAAUUGCCACUAUCCACAAAGCCUAGAAGAAUUAUUGAAAUUUGUUAUUCGGCAAUGAAUUUUCGCGAUGUUAUGAUAGCUACAGGAAAACUGAGUAAUGAUUUUAUACAUAAAGCUAAAACUGAUCCUGAUUGUGUGUUGCCAUUAGAAUGUGUUCAAGGUUUUGAAUUUUCCGGAGUAAGCCCGGAUGGAAAACGGUAUAUGGGUUUAAUUCCACGCGCUGGACAAGCAACGCGAGUUGAAUGCGACGAAAACUUGAUCUGGCCAGUACCAGAUAAUUGGACUUUGGAAGAUGCCGCAACAGUUCCUGUGGUUUAUUCGACUGUAUACGCAUCGCUAAUUAAAUUUGGAAUGUCUAAAGGUCACUCUGUCCUUAUUCAUUCUGGAACUGGGGGUGUUGGUUUAGCUGGUAUUCAUGUAGCGUUACAUUAUGGUUGCGAAGUAUUUACUACCGUUGGAACGCAAGAGAAACGGGAUUUCAUUAAAAAACGGUUUCCGCAAAUUAAAGAAAGUCAUAUUGGCAAUUCACGUGACACAUCAUUUGAACAAAUGGUUAUGAGUGAAACAAAAGGUCGAGGUGUCGACUUUGUGUUGAAUUCGCUGGCUGAAGAAAAGCUACUAGCAUCAGUUCGGUGUCUAGCUGAAUAUGGAAAAUUUAUGGAAAUUGGUAAAUUUGAUUUAUCCAAAAAUAAUAAACUUGGAAUGGAAGUGUUUAUGCGUGGUGCUUCGUUUCAUGGAAUCAUGUUGGAUAAUACCAUGGGCGCAUCACCCGAGGAGAAAGAAGUAAUUCAUACAAUGGUAUCGAAAGGCAUUCAAGGCGGAGCCAUUAAGCCUUUGCCUAGAACUGUGUUUGAGAUUGACAAUUUAGAAGCACCUUUUAGAUAUCUCAGUGCUGGCAAACACAUUGGUAAAGUAUUGAUCAAAAUUCGUGAUAAUGAAGAACAGAAAACAGUAUUAGUACCCGCAAUUCCAAGGUUAUACGUAAAGCAAAAUAAAUCGAUUGUGAUCAUCGGCGGUCUUGGUGGAUUUGGAUUAGAAUUAGCAAAUUGGUUGAUUCAGAGAGGUUGUAGAAAUUUAAUACUUUCGUCAAGACAGGGUUUAAGAAAGGGAUACCAAUCAAUUCGAAUACAAAAAUGGCUCUCUGCUGGUAUUAACGUACAAAUUUCUACUGCAAACAUUUUAACAAAAGAAGGAAGCAUAGAAAUAUUGCAAUUUGCCAAACAUUUUGGCCCAGUUGAUGGUAUUUACAACUUAGCCGUAUUAUUGCGAGAUGCGUUGUUCGAAAAUCAAAGUAUUGAAAAUUUUCAAACAUCUUUUGGUGGGAAAGUAUUGGGUACAAAAUAUUUAGAUGAAGUGAGUCGUACACUUUGUCCAGAGUUGCGUCAUUUUGUUGUAUUCUCAAGUGUGUCCUGCGGACGUGGUAAUGUAGGUCAAACUAAUUAUGGUAUGGCAAAUUCAGUAAUGGAACGUAUAUGUGAAGAACGUCAUGCCAGUGGAUAUCCAGCUCUUGCUAUACAAUGGGGUGCUAUUGGUGAAGUAGGUCUUGUUGCCGAUAUGCAAGAUAAUGACGAGGUAUUAGAAAUUGGCGGAACACUUCAACAGAACUUAAACAGCUGUUUCAAUGCUAUGGAUAUUUUCUUGAAACAAUCAUCACCUAUUGUUGCAAGUAUGGUAGUUGCUGAAAAAAAGUAUGGAUUCAACGCCGGUGGAAGUAUUCUAGAUUCUGUUAUAUCUAUUAUGGGGAUAAGAGAUUACACAACAGUGAGUAAGCAUGCGAAACUAACGGAGAUCGGUAUGGAUUCAAUGAUGGCAGUUGAAAUUAAACAAACAUUAGAAAGAGAAUUUGAGCUUUUCUUAACACCACAAGAUAUACGAAAUUUAAGUUUCUCAAAACUAAUUGAAUUACAAAAUGAACGGGUUGAUAAUGCUGAAUCAGGUGUUACAAUAACAGAAAAGUCGAUGUCCCCGGAAGAUAUAUUUAAAAUGCUUAUUCGUACGUUUGGUGAUGAAAAUGAACAUAUAGAACCGAUGAUAGAAUUGUCAUCAAUCCAAAAUAAAGCGAAAUCAAUGCCACUAUUCUUCAUUCCUGGUAUUGAAGGGAAUUGUUUAGUAUUUGAAGCACUAUGUUCAAGAUUGAAUUAUCAAUGUUAUGGUUUACAAACUUCGUUUGAGGAUACUACUGAUAACAUUAAUGCUCUAACACAAAAAAUGGUUUCCCUAAUUAAAUCCAAACUAGCGAAAAGUGAAGAAUAUGGUAUUGUUGGCUACUCAUUUGGAUCAAUAUUGGCAACAGAAAUUUCUAUAGUGUUAGAAAAAUUAGGCCAUAAAGGUCGUUGUUUAUUUAUUGAUGGAUCGCCAACAUUUCUGAAAACACUAGCUCGUAAUCAACUUUCAAUGUCAGAAGAAAUGUCAGCCAGCACUAUCGAAUCAAGGUUAAUAGCAUUGAUAAUGGCGUGGUUUGCUACAGAAGAUAUUUCAAGUAUUUUGAAUGAACUCGAAACUCUGCCUGAUUGGAAAUCACGAGUGGAUCUAUUGUUAUCCAAAAAACCGGAAGGUGUAUCCUUAUAUUCUGAGAAAUAUAUUCGCAUAGUUUGUAAUGGUUUAUUAGCACGAUUUAAUUCAAUUUUAAAUUACAAGAUAUCCGAAGAAAUUAAAUUAAAUAUUCCGAUUGCGUUAGUUCGACCCACUGUUCAAGUGAUUAGUGAAUCGUCUAACGAUUAUGAUUUAUCGACCUUGGUGGAUAAGGAAUCAUCAGAAAUUCCUGUAACUGUACUAGAAGGAGAUCAUUACACUGUUUUAGAAAAUGUAUCAUUACCAAAUUUAGUAAAUGAAUUCUUUUCUUAAGUGUAGGGUUGUAGUUGAUAUUCAUAGCUGCAUGCAUCUCCUUCCUUUCUUUUUUCC